AUGGUGCAGCGUGUGGCUGUUAUCGGCGCUGGGGUUGGUGGGUUGGCCUCUGUCAAGUGCUGCCUGGAUGAAGGGCUGGAGCCCACAUGCUUCGAGAGGAGCGAGGACAUCGGGGGGCUCUGGCGCUACACGGAAUCCAGGGAUGGCGGGAGGGUCAGCGUGUACCGCUCAGUCAUCACUAACACCUCCAAGGAGAUGUCCUGCUUCAGCGACUUCCCCUGCCCGGAGGAUUUUCCCAAUUUCCUACCCCACAGCCUCCUCCUGGAGUACUUUCAGAUGUACGCCCAGCACUUUGACCUCCUGCGGCACAUACGCUUCAAGACAACAGCUCUUAGUGUGAGGAAGCGCCCGGAUUUCGCCACCUCAGGGCAGUGGGAGGUGGUCACUGAGACCAGUGGCAUCCAGGAGUCACACAUCUUCGAUGCCGUCAUGGUUUGCACCGGCCAUUACCAGGAGCCCUACUUACCAUUGGCUUCUUUCCCAGGUAUUGACACACGCUUCAAAGGCCAGUACCUCCACAGUCGGGAAUACAAAGACGUGGAGGCUUUCCGGGGAAAGCGGGUCCUUGUGGUUGGCAUUGGCAACACCGGCGGUGACCUCUCUGUGGAGCUGAGCCGCGUGGCUGCAAAGGUGUUCCUUAGUGCCAGGAGCAGCACGUGGGUGUUCAGCCGAGUCUCAGACCAUGGCUUCCCCUUGGACAUGGUCAGAACCACUCGCUUCAACCAUUUUCUGGACUGGCUUCUCCCAUCAGCCCUCAUGAAGAGGAUCAAGUUUUGGAAGUGCAAUUCGUGGUUUAACCAUGUGAACUAUGGCUUGGCUUCUGCCAAAAGGUGUGGUGUUUUUUAUUACUAUUUUAUAAUUGUCAAUGAAGAGCUGCCGUUUUGCCUCCUCUCUGGGACCGUUGUGUUGAAGCCAAACGUGAAGGAGUUCACUGAAAGCUCUGCUGUUUUUGGAACAACCGAGGAAAACAUCGAUGUGGUGCUCUUUGCCACAGGCUACAUCUUCUCGUUUCCCUUCCUCGAAGACUCAGUUCGCAGCCUCUUUGAUGAUAACCGUUCACUCUAUAAAUGCAUCUUCCCUCCCCAGCUAGAGAAGCCAACGCUGGCCAUCAUCGGCUUAGUCCAGCUGACUGGCUCUGUGAUGGUGGGAGCAGAAAUGCAGGCCCGUUGGGUGACAGGGAUCUUUGCAGGCUGGAACAAGCUCCCUCCCACCACCAGAAUGAUAGCUGAUGUUUUGAAGAAGAAGCCGCCAGUCAAAAGCAGGAAGGAUCUAUCCAGGAGGGAGAACUUGAAGAUGAGUUUUAUCAGCUACACGGAUGAAAUUGCUUCAUGUGCUGGCGUAAAGCCCAGCAUGCUGAGGCUGCUCCUGACAGACCCUCAACUGGCCCUGGCUGUCUUCUUUGGCCCCUGCACACCCUACCAGUACCGACUGAUGGGACGGGGGAAGUGGAGCGGGGCCAGAGAGGCCAUCCUGACUCAGUGGCAGCGGACAUUGAAGCCCUUAAGAACUCGGGUGAUGGAUGACUCCUCUGAUGGUUCUGAUGGCUGGCACUGGACGUGGCUGCUGGCCCUGCCAGUGGCUCUCACAGCAGGUUUCCUCCUCUCCAAAUACUCCCAGCUGGGCUGGACCCCCCAGGCAGGUCUCCAGGUGUAGAAGAAACCUAG